AUGACAUCUUAUCCAGGAUGCGAUAACUGUCGGUCUGGUAAUCUAGAAAAUUUACGAGAAAUAAUGGCGAGCAUGAAUAUUACAACUGAGGAGAAAGCUCCGAUCGUUCCAGUUUCUGCUUACGACGAUGAACAGCUGGUUGCUUCGGACAAAGUUGCACUAAUUAUAAGUAACUGCAUGUACCUUCAUCUCCCGAAGUUGGUAACACCUCACUGCGAUGCAGAAACGUUAGCGACAGCUCUGCAAGACCUCAAAUACAAAACUGUCACACUAGCGGAUCUCACGUUGGCCGAAAUGAAAUUUGUGCUUAAAGAAUACAAGAAACUCCUAGGAAAUGGAGUUUAUGCGGUUUUUUAUUUUGUUGGCCACGGUUUUGAAGUGAACGGACAGUGCUACCUCUUACCAGUAGAGGCUCCCUCAGAGGCACACAGACCAGAACAUUGUCUCUCCAUGGAUUUUGUUCUAAACGAGCUGAGUGAUCACAAUCCUGCGCUAAACCUGUUGUUGCUCGAUGUCUGCAGAAAAUUCAUCCCGUAUGUUGCAGAUAACACAAUAUGA